CGUUCAACCGCGCCGCCGCGCCGCCUCGGCAAGGUUCCCCCCUCGCUGCUGCGUCCAACCGCGCCGCAGUGCCGCCUCGGCAAGGUUCCCCCCUCGCUGCUGCGUCCGACCGCGCCGCACUGCCGCCUCGGCAAGGUUCCCCCCUCGCUGCUGCGUCCAACCGCGCCGCACUGCCGCCUCGGCAAGGCUGUCCCCUCGGCGCCACCAAAGCAGGCAGCGGUGGAGACUUUCCCCGGCAAGGAAGCCCCCUCGCCGCCGCUGCCGGCUGCGCCGGUGCCUUGGAGCACCGAGGCUGUCCCCACGUCGCCACCGCCCACAGCGCCGGUGCCCUCGAGCCGCAAGGCUCCGGAAGUUUCGGCGCGGCCGCACGGCCUCCCUCCGCACAGGCUCAUGUUUUGGGCCGUGGACGUGGACGCCGAGAAGAAGCAGGCGCAGGCGGCGGCCAUCGCGGGGGCGGCCCAGUCCGUGAAGCCUCGCGGAAGGAAGGCCGGGCCGGGUCGGAUGCAGGCGCAGCAGCACAGGACGGGGAGGAGAAGGAGCAGUGAGCUCGGGCGCCGGCAGGCGAAGGCGGCGCCAGCCGAGGUCGCCUGCAAGCCGGCGUUCACGACGAGGCCGCCGGCGCCGAGGCCCGCGCCGGAGUGGAGCGACCCGCAGGUCACCACCGUCAUGAUCCGGAACAUCCCCAACAGGCUCAAGCCGGCGGAGAUGAUGCAGUUGCUGGACGACCACUGCGCCCGCGAGAACAGGGAGGAGAAGCGCGGCGACGUGCCCGCCGCCUACGAUUUCCUCUACCUGCCCAUGGAUUUCAGCUUGUGCUGCAACCUGGGGUACGCGUUCGUGAACCUCACGUCGGCGCAGGCGGCGCGCGUGCUCCACUCCGCCCUGCACGGCGCCCGCUGGACGGUGUUCGGCACCAACAAGGUCAUCGACAUCUGCGCCGCGCGUAUCCAGGGCAAGAGGGCGCUGGUGAAGCACUUCAGCAACUCGACCUUCCCGUGCGCCACCGACGACUGGCUCCCCGCCGUCUUCUCACCGCCGCGCGACGGCGCCGCCGACCCGUCCGUCGCCGGCGAGGCCACGCGCGUCGGCACCCGCGUCACUCCCGCCACUCCCCUGCGGGCCACGCCACGGGCGCAGCGGCUGGCAGGCAAGCCCGUGGCCCGUGGGCGUCGCCAGCGCGGGGUCAUGAAGCCGAGCAGCGCAACAAGCUGCGCGUGAGGCGUACUAUGCUCCAUUGCUCGUUCGUGCUAGGGUAGCCGGUCAAACCGGAGUCCGGCCAUGCCUUCCCUUUCUUUCUCCUUUGGUUGGUGCAGGGAGGGAAGGCUGUUGGACUCUGGACAUGAGCAAGCAUCGCACUGCUCUACCACGGAAAUUUCUUUGUCUCCACUUAGAAAUCGCCAUGAAAUUUCUCCUGUGUGUGUGGUGUAGCAUCAGCCUCUAUCCUGUGCUGGCUGUGUAAUGUGUCCGUAGCAUGUGUCUUGUUCAAAGCAAAGACUGUCUGGUGUCUGGUCGCCGAGUCGCCAUUGGCCCAGGCAUUGUACGGUA